GAUUCUAUUUGUGGGUUUGUGUGGUUUCAAUAAUCAUCAUUCACCGGAAAAUGAGAUUUUGUAUUGUGUGCGGUAAUUCUGAAGACGACGUAAAGCAUUUAUUUUGCUUUCCCCGUAGCGCAGACAGGUCGCAAAUAUGGCAGGAAGCUAUGGGAAUGAAAUAUAGACCACUAUGUGGCCAUGUUAGAAUCUGCAAUGAGCAUUUCACAAAAGAUAGAUUUGUGCCGUGUACCUCAGUUUUACGUUUGAAAGCUGAUGCAGUGCCCACAAUUCUGGAAGUCCAGAAGGACCAUGUUAUGAAGGGACUGGACCAGAUAGCAAAUAAAAAAGUAAACAUUAUAUCCCAAUAUAUAAUAAAGCCAGAACCACAGGUACAGUACAGUUUUAGAGAAUAA